UAGGCGGGAGAAGAGGAAUCUAACUCACUCAUUCGCUUCAUAAUAAAACACACAAAAUUCAAAUUUCAUUUUCAUUUUCAUUUCCAUUUUCUUAUUCUCACUCUCUCAUCAAUGGAAGAAUCAUCACCGAAGAAGUGUUGCUGGAGAAAAGAAGCAGAUUCGAAUCUGAAAAGACUUCACUCUCUUUUGUUCGCCGCCGAAAACCACCGCGAUUCCGAUGAUUACUCUUCCGCAUACAUUCUCUCUCUUCGUCUUCUCGGUUUUCUCGAUUCUCGUUCUCAUUCCGAAACCGAUCAAGCUUUCAUUCAACAUAUUCGGACUCAAGCCUUGUCUUAUCUUCAUACAGCAAGAAAAUCACUCACUCCGACCAUUAAUCGCCGAGCUUUUGAGCAAGCAAAAAGGUCUCCAGAGCCCGUUUUUAACACAACCGGAGAUAUCGAUAUUGACAAGAUACGGAAUUCUAAAUACUUUCAAGCUCUUAUCAAGCCGUCUAAAGAAAAAGACUGCAAUCAAUUGGUUGAUCAACUUGGGAAGCAAAACAAGACUGGAAAGGAAGCAUCAAAGGAAGUGGUGCAAGCUAAGUUAACAUCCAUGUAUGGGAAAAGCAGCUUGAGGACUAGUAAUGGUUCCAACAGUUUUUUCAACUUGAAAACUAACAGCUCUGAGGACUGCACAAUUAUUGGAAGGCCUCAAUCACUUCCCAUCCAUACAAAGGGUCCUGGUGUCUCGUCCGUUUUUGAAGUUGAAGGAGAAGAAAGAGCUUGUCGAAACACUUUUUCGACAAAACGUGCACACACGGAAAAUAAUAGCCCCAGAGUUGGUUAUUUCAAGUCACCUUCUAGCAAGGAGGAAGUUAAUCCCGAUGUUGCUUGCAACGAAUUUGUUACUGCCAGAACGAAGUUGGAAAUGGAAGCAAAGCAAAAGCGAGGUGUAAUGGGUUCACCCAGUGCACCUGUCUCACCACAAUGCGACAACAAUCCUGCUAACAGGCUAUACGGUGGGAGAUCAUAUGGUGUUUCACGACGAGGUGUCCGUGGUAAUUUUAUCCCCCCUAUUAAAUCCAAUGGGAGCAAUAUUGGAAAUAUAACUUCCCGAAUAGCUGGCAACAAGGGUGAUGAUUCUUUAGACGAGUCUACAAAGAAAUGUUUGGAAAUCCUGUGUGGUCCUGAUGGUGAACUUCCUGAGAAAUUGAGGAAUUUAGAACCUCGCCUCAUUGAACAUGUUAGUAACGAGAUUAUGGACAAAGAUCCUAAUGUACACUGGGAUGACAUUGCUGGAUUGGACCAUGCCAAAAGUUGUGUCAAUGAGAUGGUCAUAUUUCCUCUGCUAAGACCUGACUUAUUUAUGGGCUGCCGUUCUCCUGGGAGAGGUCUGCUUCUAUUUGGUCCACCAGGAACUGGCAAAACAAUGAUUGGGAAGGCCAUUGCUGGGGAAGCGAAGGCAACCUUCUUUUACAUAUCUGCAAGCUCAUUGACUAGCAAGUGGAUUGGUGAAGGUGAAAAGCUAGUGAGAGCCCUCUUUGGAGUGGCCAGUUGUCGUCAGCCAGCAGUAAUUUUUGUUGAUGAAAUAGACUCGCUCUUGUCUCAGCGUAAGUCAGAUGGUGAGCAUGAAUCAAGUAGACGGCUAAAGACACAGUUUCUUAUUGAAAUGGAAGGCUUUGACAGUGGUAACGAGAAAGUUCUGCUUAUAGGGGCAACAAAUCGUCCCCAAGAGCUUGAUGAAGCUGCACGGAGGAGACUUACUAAACGACUGUACAUUCCCCUACCAUCCUCAGAGGCAAGAGCUUGGAUCGCACGUAGCCUUUUAGAGAAGGAUGGAUUAUUCAAGCUAUCAAAUGAGGAAAUUGAUAUUAUAUGCAACUUAACCGAAGGUUAUUCCGGAUCGGACAUGAAAAACUUAGUGAAGGAUGCUUCUCUGGGUCCCAUAAGAGAGCAAAUAAGACAAGGUGCAAAAGUUGUGAACUUGGAAAAGGAAAAGAUUAGACCAGUAACUCUUCAGGACUUCAAGAUUUCCUUGCAACAGGUGAGGCCUUCUGUUUCACCUAAUGAACUUGGCACUUACGAGCAAUGGAACAAACAAUUUGGAAGCUUAGCAAUUUAGAGGAAUAUGUUCUCAUUGUAAAGAGAUAACAUACCAUAUCAACCAGAAUCAAAUUGCCUAAUUGUUGCCUAAAGAUACAAUUACAUUUA